GCAGAGCGCGCCCCACUCUGAAAGUGACACCUUGGAUCGUUGACGGAUUGGGGAAAAUGCCUCAUCAAAGUUUGUCAUCGUUAAGAACUCAAACUUUACAAUUAAUAUAUUUAAGCUUUUGCAAAAUUAACUUGGAAUGAAUGAAGAAUGCAUAUCGUUUGGGAAAUAUUUUUGAUUUUUCAAGCAUAUUUCAUCUGUACAUCAGCACAGCUAAUUUCACCAAAAAUUCAUGAUGGUUGGUGGGCGUACAAAGAUGCAGUCCAAGGGAGCUUUGUUCCAGUACCAUCCUUCUGGGGCCUAGUGAAUUCCGCCUGGAACCUGUGUGCCAUGGGAAAGAGGCAGUCGCCGGUCAACGUCGAGACCAGUCGCAUGAUCUUUGACCCCUUCCUCACCCCUCUACGUCUCAACACAGGCGGACGCAGCAAGAUGGGAGGCACCAUGUACAACACAGGGCGCCACGUGUCGCUGCGGCCAGACAAGGCUCACCUGGUGAACAUCUCCGGUGGGCCUCUGGGUUACAGUCACCGGCUGGAGGAGAUCCGCCUGCACUUCGGUAGCGAGGACGGCCAGGGCUCGGAGCACCUGCUCAAUGGACAGUCCUUCCCUGCAGAGGUGCAACUUAUACACUACAACCAGGAACUCUAUGCCAACUACAGUGAGGCAGCCAAGAGCCCCAAUGGCGUAGCUAUUGUGUCCAUAUUCAUAAAGAUAUCCGAGUCUCCAAAUGUAUUCCUGAAUCGCAUGCUGAACAGAGACACCAUCACGAGAAUAACAUACAAACAUGACGCAUUCUUACUCAUGGGGCUCAACAUAGCAGAUCUAUAUCCAGACACUACACGUUUUAUAACAUACGAGGGCUCCAUGACUAUCCCGCCCUGCUUCGAGACAGCCACCUGGAUCCUCAUGAACAAACCUGUGUACGUCACGCAGAUGCAGAUGCAUUCUCUGCGACUGCUAAGUCAGAAUGAGCCAUAUAAGAUAUUCCUCAGUAUGAGUGACAACACGCGGCCCGCCCAGCCUCUCCUACAGCGCUGUAUCCGCACCAACAUCAACUUCAGCAAGCAGGGCCGGGACUGCCCCAACAACCGUGCCCUGAGGCACCAGUAUCGAGUAAACCAGUGGCUUCUGAAGUAGGAAAAAGAUGAACAUGCUGUACAAUACAACAGGAUAAAAACUAAAUAUUGGAUCCUGACUCUCAAGACUUUAUUUGAAUGUGGAAAUAAUACAUUAUCAGCAGAGAGGCUGUUUUUUGAAUAUGUUUGAGAUUGCAAAGUAAGUCAAGGAAAGAUUGAAAAAAACUUUUAAGGCUGCACAACUGUAAUUCUUCUACAGAGCUUAUGGAAAUGGGCUGAAUGGAAAUUCAGCAGGCUCCGCCAUUUACUGACCUCUGCAGUGGAGAUAACGAAGACCUCUUUUAUGACAUCAUCAUCAUCAGAUUCACUGGGGUACCCAAAGAUCUCAAAGAACCAACACUUCUUGAAAUUAGCUAAAUGUAAUCACAGAUACAACCAUAACGUGUUUUGAUACCAAAAGCAUUCCAUCAGAUCUAACAUCAAGCUAGGAAUCUGAAUAUGAUGGGUGCUCUUCUGGUGAUGAAAGCUUCUACAUAACCAUGUCACAAGCAAAAGGUGUACUGAAUAAAUUUUACAAAUGCAGAAACAUUUCCUGACCAUGUGACCUAACCAGGAAAAAUUCUGGGCCCCAGUAAAACACCAGGGCAAGAGAUUUUCCUGUUCAGGCCACAUAGUCAGGAAACACUCCUAGCCAUAGACUUGGGAAAUCCAGUAUUUUAUACUGUAUUUGCUCAACUUUUCUAGCCAUUUUGGGCCAUUUGCCUUUUCUCUGUUUAAUUGUUUACAAUUUCAUUCUGUUUAUUUUAAUGAUAGCAGCCCAAUUAACCUGUUUCUAAGAAUUAUCUAAGAUAAAAUAACACUUUACAUAAGGCCUAUAUAGUAUAUGCUGUUUAAGAAUUGUAUAUUGUCUAGCACUGAAUAGAGCAUGGGACGUGAUUUGUCUGCAAAUUCUUUAAGCAGUUACAAGGCAUUCCUUAUCAAUUAUUUAUCCUCAUUUUCAAUUCAGAGCUGUGUAUGGCGUUACAGGCAAUGUGGGUUUGUGUGUGUGUGUGUGUGCGCGCAUGUGUACAUGACUGUGUGUGUGUGUGUGCGCUCUCUCCUGAGCAUUGUAUUUCUCAUUAAAUAGGAUAAAUCUCCUUGUUUUGUGGCAACGAAACAAAUACAAUUGUAUUUGUCACGUGUCAAAUACAACAACAGGUCUAGAGUGAUAUGCUUUACUAACAAGCUCUUUCCCACCGAUGCAGAGUAAAACAAGAAGAUAAAAACACAAGAGAAAUAACACACAAGAAUGAAGCUAAAUACAGGGAGUACCAAUAUACCAUAUCAAUUUGCAGGGAUACGAGGUAGUUGAGGUAAGUAUAUACAGUGCCUUCAGAAAAUAUUCACACCCCUUGACAAAGUAGGAUUUAUAUGAAUUGAAUUGUCAUUUUUUUUGGCAACAAUCUAAACAAAAUAGUCUAAUGUCAAAUUGGAAGAAAAAGUAUCAUUUUUAUUUUGAAUUAAAUGGAAAAUAAAACACUAAGUAUUCAACCCCUUGAGUCAAUACAUGUUAGAAUCACCUUUGGCAGCGAUUACAACUGUGAGUCUUUCUGGGUAAGUCUAAGAGCUUUGUACACCUGGAUUGUACAAUAUUUGCCCUUUAUUAUUUUUACAAUUCUUCAAGCUCUGGUUAUUGGUCUUUGCUAGAUAGCCAUUUUCAAGUCUUGCCAUGUAUUUAUUUAUUUUUUGCCAAUUUAAGCCAACUUUAACUAGGACACUCAGAAACAUUGAAUGCCGUCUUGGUAAGCAACUCCAGUGUAUAAUUGGCCUAGCGUUUAGGCUAUUGUGCGGCUGAAAGGUGAAUUUGUCUCCCAGUGUCUGUUGGAAAGCCAACUGAACCAGGUUUUCCUCUAGGAUUUUGCCUGUGCUUAGCUCUAUUCUGUUUUUUUGUGUGUUUUUUUUUAAACUACUUAGUCCUUGCCAAUGACAACCAUACCCAUAAUAUGAUGCAACCAACUUCAUGCUUGAAAAUAAGAGUCUUAGUCAGUGAUGCUUUGUAUUCAGGACAAAAAGUUAAUUUCUUUGCCACAUCUUUUGCAGUAUUACUUUAUUCCCUUAUUGCAAACAGGAUGCAUGUUUUGGAAUAUGUGUAUUCUGUACAGGCUUCCUUCUUUUCACUCUGUUGUUUAGGUUAGUAUUGAGGAGUAACUACAAUAUUGUUGAUACAUCUUCAGUUUUCUCCCAUCACAGCCAUUAAACUCUGUUUUAAAAUCCCCAUUGGCCUCAUGGAGAAAUCCCUGAGCGGUUUCCGUCCUCUCCGGAAACUGAGCUGGGAAGGACGCCAGUAUCUUUGUGGUGACUGGGUGUAAUAAUACACCAUCAAAACUGUAAUUAAUAACUUCACCAUGCUCAAAGGGAUAUUCAAUGUCUGCUUUUUUAUUUUUACUCAUUUAGGUGCCCUUCUUUGUGUGGUAUUGGAAAACCUAAUGUACAUGAUCUUUGUGGUUGAAUCUGUGCUUGAAAUUCACUGCUCGACUGGGGGACCCAGAUAAUUGUAUGUGUGGGUUACAGAGAUGAAGUAGUCAUUAAACAAAUCAUGUUAAACACCAGCACACCGAGUCCAUGCGACUUAUUAUGUGACUUGUUAAGCACAUUUGUACUCCUGAACUUAUUUAGACUAGCCAUAACAAAGGGGUUGAAUACUUAUAUUGAAGCGACUUCAGCUUUUCGAUUUUUCUUAAUUUGUAAAAAUGUAUAAAAACAUAAUUCCACUUUGACAUUAUGGGGUAUUGUGUGUGUAUAUCAGUGGGUGUGAAUACUUUCUGAAUGCACUGUACAUGUAGGUAGGGUUAAAGUCACUAGGCAUCAGGAUAGAUAAUAAUAAGAGUAUAAAAACAAAGUAGUAGCAGCGUAUAUGAUGAGUGUACACUCUUUGAAAAAAGGUUUACAAAGGGGUUAUUUGCGGAGGGAUAGGGUUCUACCAAGAACCGUUUUGAUCUAAAGAACCCUAUUUGGAAGACAAUGAUUAUUUUGUAAGGCAAAGGGUUCUACCUAGAACAUUUAACAUCCUGAGAACCGUUUUGGGAAGAAAGGGUGAUUUGACGAGUCUUUGGAAGGCAAGAAGGGUUCUACAUAAAACCAUACAUAAUAUUUCCCAGUAUGCUCUAUUGCAGGGAGAUUAAUAAUGGUUUGUUUUACUGUAUUAUCUGUGUUUUCACAUGUACAUUGAUUGGUUGAUUAAUUUCAUGCUACACAAAGAUAAAUAACAUCGUUUUCUAAAAUAAUCCAAUCUGUUAGUUAUUGGAUUUAUUGCACCUAUUACUGAGAUGGCUGUUCCAGUGUAGAUGAUUGAGAUAGUAUUCAAUCUUCCAUAACCUAUGACUGACAGUCAUUCUGAAUGCAGAUUGCGGGUGAUUUAACAAUUCCACUUGUUGGAUAUACUAAUUGGCUGGAUUCCAAUAGGAAUUACACAUCACUUUGCAAGCCAGCAUAAUGGGAUUUGCAGGCCUGUAACCAGGAGUUUCCUAACACUACUGUUGGGUAUAACUAAGCCCUCCAAGAAAGGCCUUGUGAAAUGUAAUGUAUUAUCAUAGAUCAUUUUAUUUUAAAGGCUAAUAAGGUUGGUGGAAUUUUUUAUAGGGGGUUCUAGGUAGAACCCUACACGGGUUUCUUUGAAGAACUCUAUGGGGACAAACUGAACUCUAUAUGGUUCUACUUAGCACCUUUUUUUGGAGUGUAUGUGUACAUGUGUGAAAGUGUGUGUUUGUGUGGCGUCAGUAUGCGUGUGUAUGUGUGCGUGUGUGUGUUUGUGUGAGAGUGUCAGGAUCAAGUCACGUGAGAGUGCAAAAUAGUGCAGUGCAGAUAGUUGGGGUAACCAUUGGAUAACUAUUCAACUGACUUAUUCUUGGGGCAUCAGUAUGCGUGUGCCUUCGGAAAGUAUUCAGACCCCUUUUUCCACGUUUUGUUGCGUUACAGACUUAACAAUCCUUUCUCUGAGCUCUACGGACAAUUCCUUUGACCUCAUGGCUUGGUUUUUGCUCUGACAUGCACUGUCAACUGUGGGACAUUAUAUAGACAAAUGUGUUUUUUACCAAAUCAUGUCCAAUCAAUUGAACUUACCACAGAUGGACAACAAUCUAGUUGUAGAAACAUCUCAAGGAUGAUCAGUGGAAACAGGAUGCACCUGAGUUCAAUUUCAGUCCAUAGCAAAGGGGCUGAAUACAUAUGUAAAUAAGGUAUUUCUGUUUUUUAUUUUUAAUAAAUUAUCAAAAAUGUCUAAACUGUUUUUGCUUUGUCAUUGUGUGGUAUUGUGUGUAGAUUGCUGAGAAAAAAAUAUUGAAUCCAUUUCAAAAUAAGGCCGUAACGUAACAAAAUGUGGAAAAGGUCAAGGGGUCUGAAUACUUUCCGAAGGCACUGUAGAAGCUGUCUCAGCCUGUUGGUCCAAGACCAGAUUCUCUGAUACCGCUUGCUGGACGGUAGCAGAGAGACCAUCCAUGGUUUGGGUGGCUAAAGUCUUUGUCUAAACACAAUAUCAUACAUGUACUCUUUCUGUAUGAUAAUAUCACAAUGCCUAAAGAUAUAUAAACACAGUUGAAGUCGGAAGUUUACAUACACCUUAGCCAAAUACAUUUAAACUUAGUUUUUUACAAUCCCUGACAUUUAAUCCUAGUAAAAGUUAGGAUCACCACUUUAUUUUAAGAAUGUGAAAUGUCAGAAUAAUAGUAGAGAAUUAUUUCAGCUUUUAUUUCUUUCAUCACAUUCCCAGUGGGUCAGAGGUUUACAUACACUCAAUUAGUAUUUGGUAACAUUGCCUUUAAAUUGUUUAACUUGGGUCAAACGGUUUGGGAAGCCUUCCACAAGCUUCCCAAAAUAAGUUGGGUGAAUUUUGGCCCAUUCCUCCUGACAGAGCUUGUGUCAGUCACUGAGUCAGGUUUGUAUGCCUCCUUGCUCGCACAUGCUUUUUCAGUUCUGCCCACAAAUGUUCUAUAUGAUUGAGGUCAGGGCUUUGUGAAUACCUUGACUAUGUUGUUCUUAAGCCAUUUUGCCACAACUCUGGAAGUAUGCUUGGGGUCAUUGUCCAUUUGGAAGACCCAUUUGUGACCAAGCUUUAACUUCCUGACUGAAGUCUUGAUGUUGCUUCAAUAUAUCAAAAUAAUUAUCCUACCUCAUGAUGCCAUCUAUUUUGUGAAGUGCACCAUUCCCUCCUGCAGCAAAGCACCCCCACAACAUGAUGUUGCCACCCCCGUGCGUCACGGUUGGCAUGGUGUUCUUCAGCUUGCAAGCAUUUUUCCUCCAAACAUAACAAUGGUCAUUAUGGCCAAACAGUUCUAUUUUAGUUUCAUCAGACCAGAGGACAUUUCUCCAAAAAGUACGAUCUUUGUCCUCAUGUGCGGUUGCAAACCGUAGUCUGGCUUAUUUAUGGCGGUUUUGGAGCAGUGGCUUCUUCCUUGCUGAGCGGCCUUUCAGGUUAUGUCGAUAUAGGACUCGUUUUACUGUGGCUAUAGAUACUUUUGUACCGGUUUCCUCCAGCAUCUUCACAAGGUCCUUUGCUGUUGUUCUGGGAUUGAUUUGCAUUUUUUGCACCAAAACACUGUCAUCUCUAGGAGACAGAACACGUCUCCUACCUGAGCGGUAUGACGGCUGCGUGGUCCCGUGGUGUUUAUACUUGCAUACUAUUGUUUGUACAGAUGAACGUGGUACCUUCAGACGUUUGCAAAUUUCUCCCAAGAAUGAACCAAACUUGUAGAGGUCUACAAUUUUUUUCUGAGGUCUUGGCUGAAUUAUUUUGAUUUUCCAUAGAUGUCAAGCAAAGAGGCACUGAGUUUGAUGGUAGGCCUUGAAAUACAUCCACAGGUACACUUCCAAUUGACUCAAAUGAUGCCAAUUAGCCUAUCAGAAGCUUCUAAAGCCAUGACAUUUUCUGGAAUUGUCCAAGCUGUUUAAAGGCACAGUCAACUUAGUGUAUGUAAACUUCUGACCCACUGGGAUUGUGAUACAGUGAAUUAUAAAUGAAAUAAUCUGUCUGUAAACAAUUGUUGGAAAAUGACUUGUGUCAUGCACAAAGUAGAUGUCCUUACCAACUUGCCAAAACUCUAGUUUGUUAACAAGAAAUGUGUGGAGUGGUUGAAAAACUAGUUUUAAUGACUCCAACCUAAAAGUAUGUAAACUUCCGACUUCAACUGUAUACUGAACAAAUAUAAACACAACAUGUAAAGUGUUGGUCCCAUGUUUCAUGAACUGAAAUAAAAGAUCCCAGAAAUGU